AUGCGGGUUUGGUGUGGUGGGCUUACCUCGUUCUGGGCCGCACCCCGCGAUGAUCUUCUGCCGUGGAUAUCUGAUGCAAUCGGCUACGGGUGCGACAUGGGGUUUAUCACGGCUACGUCUACGCAGGAAUUCUUGCCCGCAGCAUUCGGUCCAACCGGUCCACCGCCGCUGCUGUUGAGACUUGAGCCGGGAGCCAUGGCCGACACCGAGCCGCAAAAGUCGCCAUCGCGGUCGUUCCGCUCCUUCAUAUGGGACACCGACACGCACCUGAAGAGCCCGGAGGAACGCAAGCUGCUCCGGAAGUUGGACUGGUCGAUCCUCACCAUCGGCUGCCUCGGCUUCUUUAUGAAGUACCUCGACCAGGGGAAUCUGGCUAACGCCUAUGUCUCGGGCAUGCAGGAGGACCUGGCUAUGUACGGCAACGAGUACACGUAUGCACAGACGGCCUAUACCUGCGCGUAUGCGGUCAUGCAAGUGCCGAGCACGCUUAUUGUCCAGAAGAUUCGACCGAGCGUGUGGCUUGUGCUCAUGGAAGUCGGAUGGGGCGUGUGGACAUUUGCGCAAGCGGGAAUGCACAACGUUGGCGAACUAUACGCCUUCAGGUUCUUGGUUGGGUUCUUUGAAAGCUCCUUCUUCCCAGUCCUGCUCUACGUGCUGGGGAGCUGGUACACAAAGACAGAACUGGCGAAGCGAGUUGCAUUGUUCCACGUGACAGCGCCCUUGGGAUCUGCCUUCGGUGGCUACUUGCAAGCAGCCGUCUAUGAGAGCUUGAAUGGACGGCAUGGCCUUGCCGGCUGGCGAUGGCUGUAUAUCAUAUGUGGGUGUAUGACUAUUCCUGUCGGAAUCGCAACCUACUUCGUUCUUCCUGAUACUCCGUACACGACGAAGGCAAAGUUCCUAACACCUGAAGAAUGUGAAUUGGCAAUUUCCCGCGUCCAGAAAGCUGGAAAAGCGCCUCCCAAAGCAGUAGAUCUUCAGACAUUUAAGAGGGUCCUUUCCAAAUGGAGAUGGUAUGCUUUCGUUCUGGGCUACGUGCUGUACGGCCUGUCCUGUCAGUCUGGAGAUUAUUUUGGCAUCUGGCUCAAGUCGGAACAUUUCUCCGUCGUUGAUCGGAAUAUCAUUCCAACUGGAUCAAAACUGAUCACCGCGGCGUGCAUUAUCUUGUGGGGCUUUCUGUCUGAUUACACAGGCAGCAGAUUCGCCUUGAUAUUAGGUCCAUUGCUACUUGGAUUGGUACCGAAUGGUAUCCUUGCUGUUUGGCCUCCUAGUGUUGCGUUGAAGGAGUUUGCAUUUCUGACCAGUAGUAUACAUCUCAUGACUGCUGUGUUUUACACAUGGGCAAACGAAGUGUGUGCUGGAGACAACGAAGAGCGCGCCCUAGUUAUCAGCAGCAUGAACGGGAUGCAGUAUGCUUUUAAUGCGUGGAUCCCCAUCGUGAUUUUCCCACAGACAAUGGCCCCUACUUUCCGCCGUGGCUUCCCAGCAACCUUUGGCUUUGUCAUUGCUGCCAUCAUCGCCGUAAUUAUUAUACGCUUACUUGUCUUGCGCGAGAGUAGGAACAAGCUCGAGUCUGAAGAUUAUUCCGGAGAAGAUGGGAUUGUUGAGCUCCAGAAAAGGGAUGAAAAGAUGAAAUUGAUUGUCCUUGAUCUCAAGAUUCCAGGACUGGUCAUCGCCGCCCACACUGCUCACGCUAUUGCCGUCGCCGUCUCGACCUCACGCUCCUACACAGCCUUUGUCGCUGCUACUACCGCCGCUGAGAGCACGGCACUAAUCGUCGCGGAAUGCGCUCGCUACAACAUUCCUUCAGCCCGCAAAACUCAACGCGCCAAGAACGCAAUCCGUCGUGCCGCCGAAUCUGCUAACUGCCAAUACGGCUCCAUAUUCUGCUUCAAUAUGGCGCACAAGACAGCUGAAUUCGAUAAAAUGGUGGAGAGGCUCAUGGAGGAGUGGCAUGUACCGGGCCUGUCAAUUGCAGUUGUCCAAGGCGACCAAUUCGACGCAAAGGCCUACGGUUUCGCCAAAUUCCCAGACGAAAAAUGCACCACAGAAACCAUCUUCGACCUCGCCAGCGUCUCCAAGUGCACCACGGCAGCCGCGGCCUCCCUCCUCGUCGACGACACCAACUACCCAGACAUGCAGUGGCAAACUCCAGUUUCCAAGCUCAUCCCCUCAGACUUCGUCCUGCCCACCCAGUCCCUCACCGACCAGGUAACUCUCGAGGACAUCCUCAGCCACCGCUCCGGCAUCCCCACGCACGACGAGUCCUACCUGGGCGUGACAGCCGCCCACCCGGACGACGCCCGCUCCCUGACCCGCAACCUGCGCAACCUCCCCUUCUCCGCAGCCCUGCGCACAAAGCUGCAGUACUCCAACAUCAUGUUCAGCGUCGCCACUCACGUCGUUGAGUCUCUAUCCGGCGAGGACUACACGUCGUUCCUGCGCUCCCGCAUCUGGGACCCGCUCGAUAUGCACAACACCUUCCAGGACCGGCCCGAUGUGAGCCCCUCCGCGCACGAAGCCCAGGGCUACCGCUGGGACGAGGACGCCGAGAAGUACGUCCCCGUCCCCAUCCUCGCGUCACCGGAGGGCCGCGGCGCGGGGUGCGUCCUCACCUCCGCGGGCGACUAUGCAAAGUUCGUGCGCUGCCUGAUCAAGCGGGCGUCCCCACUGUCUGCAGAGUCGCACAAGGCGCUCGUCGAGCCCCGCACCAUCGAAGUGAGCGACCCGGACGAUCUGGCGCCGGGCUACUCGGAUGUGUCGCUGUACGCCCUGGGGCUGUAUCGGGAUUCGUAUCGCGGGAGCACGCUCAUGAUGCAUGACGGGGCGGUGCCGGGGUUUAAGGCGGCCAUGUCGUUUUUGCCGGGGAAGGAGUGGGGGGUGGUCAUUUGUACGAAUUCGAACUCGGGAAGGUAUGUCAAUAACAUUUUGAAGCAUGUGCUUAUGGAUGAGGUGCUGGAGGUGAGGGAUGAGGAAAGGGUGGAUUGGGAGAAGGUGUUUAGGGAGAAGAGGUCCAAAUAUCUGGAAGAAGACAAAAAAGAGAAGGAGAAGCCUGAAUACAGUGUGCCCGAGAGCCCGGAGCCGUUGGGGGUGGCUGUCGAAGGGCUGGUGGGGAGGUACUUCAACAAAGGAUAUAAGGAGAUUAGGCUGGAGGUGAGGGAGGGCAAGGUGGUCGCGGAUUGCUCUGACCGAUGCUUUCCGUUUGUGAUUACCUUUGGGCACCUUUCGGGGGAAAAGUUCGUGGCUGACAUGCACGACGUGUGGGAUGACUAUCAUUUCAAGAAGAAGGCCGAGGUAAAGGUGAAUGGAAAGGGCAAGGUUGUAGCUAUUGGUGUUGAUUUUGAGGACGAUAUGGAGGGUUUGAUUUGGUUCGAGAGAAUUGAGGGCUAA